AGAACCUUCUAGGCCGGAACAGAGGUUAUGUUGACACUAUGAUGUGUUUGUUUUAUACAGAACUCUCAGUAUACAACAGCGCUAGAGGAAGGAAGCUGGUCAAUUUUUGUAAAAAAAAAAAAAAAAAAAAAAAAGAGAAUCCCUGUAGUAGUAGAGUCAGAGAGCUAAUCCGAGAGAAAAGGUUUCCGAUGAGUAGUAGAAGUAGUCAGUUUAUGGAUAAACAGAUAAUGGAUCUUUCCUCCUCUCCACCUUCCACUGAUUUCAACUUUCUCGUGAAUGAUCAUAUCCACAACAAGAAAGAAGAGAUCGUUCCUAGCUAUGAUUUCCAGCCCAUUCGCUCUACCUCCGCCGCUCCAUUGUCUCACUCGCCGUCAGAUCUCCUCGGAUCUACGACUACUUCUUCUUCUACUGAGCCUAGGGUUAAUUGGUCUUCCAAGGGUUUUGGAUCUCUCGACUCUAUUGAACCUUCGAAGUUGGUUCCUGACGACAAGGCUCACUAUGUGUCUAACACCACCACCAUUUUAUCUGAGAUUGAUACCACUGUGAAGAAGCAUGUUGAUACCUUGCUUCAUGUUAUGGAAUCUGUCUGUUCACGUCUUACACAGCUUGAGACCAGAACCCUUAAUCUCCAAAACCUUGUGGAUGAUCUCAAAGUUUCUGUUGAUAACACCACUGAUGCCAAAUUCACACAGCUUACAACUAUCCUUUUAGAGGUGCAGAGUGAUGUGCAACUAUUGAAGGAUAAACAGGAUAUCCUCCAAGCUCAGCCUCAGCUUUCAAAGCAUCACGUAUCCAAAGUUGACCAGCACACCAAAACACACUCUUUACAUGGUUAUGAUCCCAAUGCUCACUCGCCUGCACCAGUUCCUCCUCUUACUUCUUUCCCACAGCCACCAUCUUCCGCUGCUUCUCCUUCCCAGCCACCUUCCUCGCAACUACUAGCUCAGCUACCUACCCAGUUUUCUCCUCAACAAGCGCCAUCUUGCCCUCCGCCAAACCAGUUUUCUCCUUACCAAGCUCCUCAAACCCCAAUGCCUCAUCAACCACCUUACCAGUCACCGGCUCAGCAACAGCCACCACCAUCACUUGGCUACAAACUCGACGAACAACCACCAUACCAUAUGCAGUCUUACCCGCCAAACCCUCCUCUUCAGCUGCCACCUGCUGGUUCUGCCCCUUCUCAGCAGUUCUACAACCCUCCUAAACCACGACCAUCAAUGUACGAUGGAGCAGAUGGUAGAUCUAAUUCAGGUUUUCCUUCCGGUUACUCGUCUGAACCUUACGCAUACACUGGUUCACCAGUGGCAUCAGCUAAACCGCCACACAUAAGUAGCAGUGGCACUGGUUACCCACAGCUCCCAAAUUCACGUCCCUUGCCACACGCUUUGCCAAUGGCUUCAGCCGUCAGCAGCGGUGGCGGUUCUAGUUCCCCGAGAUCAGAAAGCAGAGUCCCAAUCGAUGAUGUAAUCGACAGAGUGACAACCAUGGGAUUUCCAAGGGACCAAGUCAGAGCAACUGUGAGAAAACUGACUGAGAACGGCCAAGCUGUGGACCUCAACGUAGUUCUAGAUAAGUUGAUGAACGAAGGAGCAGCUCCACCUGGAGGCUGGUCUGGUGGUCGGUAGCCAUCGGUUUAGUUGAUUCUGUACAGAACUAUAUAUCAAUUAUCGAUUUUAGGAUCACCUUAGUGACCAACCAAAAUAUCUAAGAGCUUCUAAACCAUUGCGACUUCAUAUGAUUUCAGUUUGAUGCAGAGAAUGUCCGUUGCUCUGUCUUUGAAGUUUAAAAAGCUUCAUCUGAUGUUUUCGUUUUUCUUUUUUCUGACCAUUUGUAAAAAAAAUAAGCUACCAAAUCAAAUCUAGUACCGAGCAGUACGCAUCAAUAAACAAAGAACUGAUUGAAACUAUAGAAGCAAAACGUCUCCGACAUUAUUGUUACAGGAAGAAAAGAAAAAAA